UAAACUAGACAAAAGAACCUCUUCGGCUGUGAAUUAUGUGCAACUUACAUUAAAUGAUCAGACCAACGUCAAAACAGUAACAUGAGCCAGUGGUAUAAUUGUCCCUGUCGUUCUAAACGUAGACUUAGUUGGACCUUUGAACUCCAGUAACUCAGAGUAAUUCUCAGACGCCUAAUUGAAGUGUUACUGCUCACCGCUGACUUUUCUCAAACUACGAAAGUGCUGCAGGUCACACCCCUCAGGUAGCGCAUUUCCUAGCUGGUAUCGCUGAAACUGGACUGCGAUACUUACAACGUACUGAGCAGCAACAGUCGCUGGAGGGUGAUAUGCAGUUGAUCUAGAUUUUGUUUUGUAAUAAAUAAAAAGGGUCGUUUCCAAAGGAGCAGGUGCACUUGUUCUCUUGAAAUGGAUUAUAUAUGGUUUGUCCUAAUUUUUGCUCUUGUCAUCGGCUUUCAGCCUUUAAUUGGUGCUGCUUCUUCACCUACUAUAAAUAUCCUCAAGAGCUUCACAAAUGUGACAAAAGGACAGUCUGCCUUCCUACUAGUGAAUGUCUUGUAUCCAGAAACUUUCUACAUCCUUUCAUGGCACUUUGAGGGAAAUGGCCAGGAAAUUGUCUCUUUGAAGUCAGGCUCUAGACCACAAUACAGUGAGGCAUAUCAACAGAGGGUGUGGCUGUUCCAAGAAAAUGGAACCCUGAGGAUGGACAGCACAGAACUGAGCGAUGCUGGAAGGUACAGAGUGAGGCUGUAUGAUGGGAGCACCACAAACAUUUCUUCUGUAGUACAACUCAGGGUUUCCAAACAGGGAAGAAGUUUUAUUGGAAGAGAAGAUGAAUCGGCUAAUGUGUCUGGAAAGACUAGCUACGUGGUCGAUGAGUUUGCCAUAAUAGUCCUUACUAGUGGAUUGACUACCAUUUUUCUGCCUCUAAUAUACAUUGUAGUGUUCAUCAUUGGCUUACCUGCUAAUGCCAUGGCAUUGUGGGUCUUUUGUUUCAGAACAAAGACAAAGCAUCCUGCAGUCAUUUAUAUGGCUUGUUUGGCACUUGCUGAUCUCUUGUUUGCUCUUUGGUUACCUUUAAAAAUUGCUUAUCAUAUAAAUGGCAACAACUGGAUUUAUGGAGAGAAUCUGUGCAAGGUAUUUGUGGGAUUCUUCUUUGGAAAUAUGUAUUGCUCCAUACUGUUCAUAACCUGCUUGAGUGUACAGAGGUAUUGGGUUGUUGUUAAUCCCAUGUCUCAAACAAGAAAAAACAGCAACAUUGCAUUGGGAGUUUCAGCUGCAGUAUGGGUGGUGGUUGCUUUAAGUACAGUGCCAUUAUACCUUAUUGAUCAAACCGUCUAUGUUUCGAACCUCAACAUAACAACUUGUCAUGACGUUUUGUCUCAUACUACUUUGGUCAAAGACAUGUUUGUGUAUUUUCUUUCUCUUGCCAUUGGAGUUUUCUUUUUUCCAGCUGUUUUGACAGUCUUUGUUUACACAGCCCUCGUCAAAACUUUAAGUGCGUCAUUAACAGAGCAGAACAUCGGUAAAAAACGAAAAAGGGCCAUUCAUCUCAUUAUUGUAGUACUUUUAAUAUAUGUGAUCUGUUUCACUCCAAGCAACGUUGUCUUGGUAGUGCAUUAUACAUUGAUUCACUUCAGAAGCAAUAACAAUGUUUAUGCACUUUAUAUCACAGUACUCUGUCUAUCCAGCAUUAAUAGCUGCAUUGAUCCAUUUGUCUAUUAUUUUGUUUCUGAGGAUUUUAGAAACCAUGUGAAAAACACUUUUCUUUGUCGUAGUGUACGCACAGUGGAGAGCAUGCAGGCUUCAUAUAAAUCAUUUAAAUACUCUAGAAAGUUUAAUUCAACCAAAUCUAGCUCACAGCAGACAUCUCAAACCAGUUGUUAAACUUCAUGUGUGCACGUUGUUUACACUUAAGAAUGGCUACAGUAAAUACUGUGAAGCUGAAAAAUGAUGAUGUAAUGGCCAUUCUCCUUUUAAGUGAAUUAUAGUACUGAAUUCCAAAACGCCUUGUUUCUUUGUACCACAACCUAGAAGAAGGAGGACUAAAUUCGUCUCAUCUGAAGUCAUCCGUAUUUUAAGUGCCACCAUUUUCUGAUGUAGAUUUUUGAAUUAUGUUUUGUUAUUGACUAAGGCACAAAGCAGCAGUAACCUGUCGUAAUUCAACAGAAACCAAUGAAUAUGUGUAUAAAAUUAUAUUGUGAAUAUCAUUAUAAAAGGAGCCAAUUCUAUGUUUUCACUUUGCUACCUCAGAAAGAUGACUUUUUACAACCAUAUCCAUUUCAAGGCUUUUGGACUGUAUUGAGUAAUGCUCCCAUAAGAUUAAACUGCUUUGAUUUGCACAAUAUUCCAAGCACUAAGUAUUCUGUACCAUCUCCGUUUAGAGGAUUACUUUUAUGGAUACAUUUUUGUAAAAUGGACUGUGGGAUUUAUUUGUGUGGAUUGCAUUUUUGAAAGUGUGACAUUAUGGUAAAAGGGAAAAAAGACUAAAUGUUGUAAUCAGUAAAGGCGAGUUAAAUGACUGUGCAUUGUACUCAUUGGCUUGCACUUCACCAAGUCAUGUAUUUUGUGUGUGUGUGUGUGUGUGUGUGUGUGUGUGUGUGUGUGUGUGUGUGUGUGUGUGUGUGUGUGUGUGUGUGUGUGUUAAAUCUUGGGUUCCUCAGUGGCCAAGACAGCCAGCAUUUUAAAUGACUUGCUUCCCUGCAUGUAUCAAGAGCCUGGGGAGCAAGACUACAUUUAGAGGAUGCAUGUCAUUCACAACUUUUUUUUCAGUGUUGAAUCUUGGGUUCCUCAGUGGCCAAGAUAGCCAGCAUUUUAAGUGACUUGCUUCCCUGCAUGUAUCAAGAGCUUGGGGAGCAAGACUACAUUUAGAGGACGCAUGUCAUUCACAACUUUUUUUUCAGUGACAUGCAAUCCCAGUUGUAAGUUGUAACCCUCCUGGUGCAAGUGCCUACAGUCCUAAAUGAGUUAAUUCUAACACAAUCUUCAAGGUUAUGUGAAACAGCUAUAUAAAAAAAGUUAAGGUGAGUGUGUAUCGGAUGAGGAAAAUGCAUUAAUAUAGUGUUGUGUUUUAUAUAAAAUGAUUUGUAAUGAAAUGUAGACUGUAUGUUAAUUUUGUAUUGCUUAAUGAAUGAUUCCGCUAAAGAAAAUGCAUCUGGAUCCAAAGCUUGGAGUCACCAUACGUGCUUCAACUAGUAGAUCUUUGUCAUUUGAUGUAGAACACUGUUUAUUCAAGUGCUUGCUCUAAAAGUUGUGUAUUAUGGUUUAGUAUGGCCUCGUUUUUUUCAUGAUCUCCUGAUGGAGAUAAUGUUCGAGAGGAAGCUAUUCAAAAAAUAUUGAAGUACUGUUGGGUAACCCCCUUCCCUUGCUAACUGCCCUGCACAAAAGUAACAUUUUUUUCAGUCAUUAGAACUGGAACAGUCCUACAGGAGGAAGUACACAGCAACAACCUUCAACAAUUUGGCUGUGAAACAGACUUUGUGUCGUGAAACUACUGUGUGCUUUUUCAGAGUCAAUUUAAUGCAAAAGAAUUUUAAUUCCACACAGGAAAUGAGCGAUGUUAUGUUUUGAUGCAUAUUCUGCCUACAGUUGAUUCAUGUAAUCCAGUUGGAAUUCAGGCAUUGAUGUAUUGCUGUACUGUAAAAUAUCAAGUGUUUAUCUUCUCAGUUGCAACUUUAAUGAAUAGAUGAAGGAUGCAUUUGUUUUAAUCCUAAAUUAUCUUGGUGUUGAAGAAUGACAAACUGCCAGUAAACAUUGUGCCAAAUGGCGAGUAUCUGAUUCCAACUUCCAACUCCAUUACUUUUAAACUUUAAUAAAUAUUCCUAAUUCCAAGCUAGCACCAGCAGUAGCAAAUUACUUUUGAACAUGGGAAAUAGCGUCUCAGCACAAACUGCAGAGACAGGAAGCAGGGGAGGUUCAGAACUAUCCAGAGGGCUGAGUAUUAAUUGUGAAAACCAUGGAAAAACUAUGCAGAACCAUAGAUAUACUACAGAUUCUAAGAUUAAAAAGAUUUUUGAAAUGGUGUUGCUUUCCAGGCUGUAGCUUGUGUGUCCUUAACAGAUGCAGUAUCUUUUGUCUCACUCCAUCCCUGCUGACGGACACUUUCUUUUUCUGUAAUUUAAAAAAAAAGUAUGUUGUAGAGUUUUCAUUGUUGAGCUAGAUGUAUGAAUGAGUGUAGAACAAACAUUUCCACACGUGCAACUUGUGUCACCAUGAACGUCACUUUGUUCCCUAGCAGUCAUGUGACAGUGUAGGUUGCAGUAAUGUGACCCUCCUGAUGCAACAUUAUUCCUUCCUGUAGGCACAAGGAUGACAUGAAAUUCUGUAUGAGUAGAUGAUGAGUCAAUGUUAGGGUUGCAUUGAUUUUGUAUAUAGUAAAACAAAGUUCUUUAAAGUUUUUUUUUUUUUUUUUUUAAGAAAUAUUUUCUGUACAUGUCUAAGCACAUUUUUCUUGAAUGUUGUAUAGCUGAACAUCUGAAUCUUUUGAAAUGUUCUUGAAAUGGCACCCAACUUGUAUUUAACAUUAAUAAGUAAAGUAUUUUUGUAUUUCUUGUAUGCUGCAUGUAUAUCUAACUCAUUUCUUUGGGAUGCUAGUUUUGUAGUUAUUGUGAUAUCAGCCUAAUAUGACAUAACCUUUUUAUUUAAUGUGUAAAAUACUUCCAUAUUUUUAUCUGCUUUGCAGUGUUGUAGUUGCAUUUUAUAAACUGAUAAGCAUUUUUAAAUAAAUUUAAUUGUCA